CCUUCAGCCUUGUGUUACAUUUUUAGAUCGUGAACAAUCCGUCGACUGUGUUGUGGGUUGUCGAAUUUAGGGAGGAUGGGUGUGAUUUUAAACGAGUCGAAAAAUUUUUAACGUGUACCUCGACAUUUCGACCCUUUUUUUUCAACAGUCUUCUCUUUUGAAAAACGAUUUCGACCAGGAUGGAGGAUAUUUUCCAUUGGUGCCGUGAGGGCAACGCAAUGCAAGUCCGUGUUUGGCUCGACGAUACCGAACACGACAUGAAUCAAGGGGAUGAUCAUGGAUUUAGUCCUCUUCAUUGGGCCUGUAAAGAAGGGCAUACGAAUAUCGUCGAAUUGUUGAUUUCAAGAGGUGCUAGGAUAAACGCCACGAAUAUGGGCGACGAUACACCUUUGCACCUCGCGGCAGCACACGGCCACAAGGAUAUCGUUCGUGUCCUGCUCUUCAACAAAGCAGAUGUCAAUUUUUCCAACGAGCACGGAAAUACUCCGCUGCAUUAUGCGAGUUUCUGGGGAUAUCAACAACUGGCGGAAGAUCUCGUAUCUCAUGGCGCUCUCAUAUCGCUUGCAAAUAAAGACGGAGCCACUCCCCUGGAUAAAGCCAGAGGCUCGCUUGCCAAAAGGCUGCAUGAACUUGCUGUUGAAACGGGUCAAGACUUGAAGAAAAUCACUUUCAAAGAUCAGAGUUGGCUUGGCUUAAAAACAAGAAGCAGGGAUGCUACUUUGUCAAGGCAUAAAGGUAUUAACAUCAAUGAUAUCAAGCUCCACACCAAAAUUGCAACAUCACAAAGUGGAGAAUCAUGGAGAGGGCACUGGCAGAAAAAUGAAAUUGUAGCUAAAAUCCUCAACGUUGGUGAAGUCACUGCAAGGAUUUGUAGGGAUUUCAAUGAGGAAUUUCCAAAAUUAAGGAUAUUUUCUCAUCCUAACGUUCUGCCAGUUAUUGGCUGUUGCAACGCUCCACCGCGUCUCAUUGUCAUAAAUCAACACAUGCCAUGGGGCUCGCUUUACACCCUUCUUCAUCAGGGUGGAGGUUUAGUCGUAGAUUCGGCUCAGGCUCUCCGUUUUGCUGGCGAUGUCGCAAGAGGGAUGGCAUUUUUGCACAGCCUUGAAAGGAUCACUCCUCAGUAUCAUCUUAACUCCAGACACAUCAUGAUUGACGAGGAUUUGAGUGCAAGAAUAAACAUGGCAGAUGCUAAAUUUUCAUUUCAAGAGAAAGGCCGUAUUUAUUAUCCUGCUUGGAUGUCUCCUGAUGCCUUGCAGAAGAGACCCACUGAUAGAAACUGGGAAGCCUCUGAUAUGUGGAGUUUUGCAGUUUUACUCUGGGAAUUGUCCACAAGAGAAGUGCCUUUUGCCGAUCUUUCUCCUAUGGAAGUUGGAAUGAGGGUGGCUUUGGAAGGUUUAAGAGUGACUAUUCCGCCUGGUAUAUCUCCACAUCUUGCCAAGCUCAUCCGCAUUUGUAUGAAUGAAGACCCAGGAAAACGUCCCACUUUUGACAUGGUUCUCCCGAUUCUCGAUAAGAUGAAUCGGUAAGUUAGGAAAAAAAAAGCAAAAAGUCAAAAGUUGUAAUAUAUUUAUCAAUUAUGCAAAUCUAACGUGUUACAAAUGACAAAUACUGCCUUAAAAAAAAUAGUCAACAGCUAUUAUACACUAGCACUUUAAUAAUGGUUUUAGACAAACUAUUAAGUGGCUUAAAAAUGAACUUAGUGCCU